AUGAUAUAUUUUGCUCCUCACAAUUGAAACUUUAAUUUCUAACAUUGUGCUACUUUAAAUCGCUGCAGGCAGCAGAGUAGGAAAGAGGAAGUGGGAACGGACGUCUAAAGUUGAAGGAGGUAGAUAGCAAUGGAGAAGGCCAAGGAGCUGGUUUCUUCUAGCCCCGUUUUCUUCUUCAGCAAGACUUAUUGUGAAGCAUGCAAGGAGGUGGCAGGGUUUCUACUGAAGUCAGGAGCAAAUUACAAAAUGGUUGAGUUGGAUAUUGAAACUCAUGUCUUGCUGUUGAAUGAAGGCGACGGUGCUGCGUUACAAUCUGCGCUUGCAGAAUGGACUGGACAAAGGACAGUUCCCAAUAUCUUCAUUGGUGGAAAUCAUAUUGGUGGAAAAGCUGAUCUGAUGAAGAAGCACAAGGAUGGUUCUUUGAUAGCCCUUCUCAGAGAAGCUGGUGCCCUUCCAAGCUCUAAUCCUGCUGUUUAGAUCUGGAAUGUUAGGAAUAGCUGCGAGUUUUUAUCUGUUUGAUAUGUUUGUAUUGUAUAUUUUCUCUUGAUUGGAGAAUGAACGUAGUGUGAUAAACCCAGGCCCUCUUUGGAUUCGGAAUCCAUUUGUACUUGCUUUUCAAAUGCUACAUUUUUAGAUUUAUGAGAAGGUGAGUUUCCUUUGUUGA